AUGGCGGGCAUGGGGCAAGUCGAGCCGCCGUCCAUCUUGACUCAAGCGAGUAUGUUGCUUUCCGGAGCCCUCGAUCCGGAAUGCUUUCCACCAGUACGCUGGCCCCAGCGAAAUAGGGGCAAGGCCUGGCUCGACCCCAGAUUCAGGACCGCCCAGACGUUGCCAGGACAGGUACGAGAGCAAGUUGAAGCGGGGCGUGCUCUGCGAGUGCAUGGCACUUUGAAUCUAUAA